AUAUAAAAUACUUUUACCUCGUACCAGUGGCAGAGCGGUCGCGUCCACGGCUUGUCCUCAUACAUGUGCGUGCAUAAAAAUUCGUUUGAUUUGUGCAAAAUUAGGAUACACAGUUAAAGACAAUGACCCUAUCGUUGUGAAGCGCCUGUGAAUCAUCAGUUCUGUGAAGGUGUUAGUUCAUUGAAGAUAUAACAACAACUCGUUCAUAAUGACUGUGACCUUAAACCCUCAAACGCUCGUAGAUGUGGUUGAAAACAAAAUAACACCGGAUCCAUCUAAAGCUUCGGGAUUGAACGCAAUAUGUGCUUGGUGCUCAGAACAAUGGAGAGCAAUUCUUGCGGAGUUUGUAUCGACGAUGUUGCUCAUUGUAUUCGGCUGCAUGGCAUGUAUCCCACUGGAUGGAUUUACGCCCCAACCGCCGCUGUAUGGGCCGCUCGGCUUCGGAUUGACUGUUUCAUUUAAUAUUCAGAUUUUUGGACACAUAUCUGGCGCCCACAUGAAUCCUGCUGUAACGUUGGCCGCUGUCAUAUGGGGUAGUAUGUCAAUAACUCUGGCACUGGCCUAUGCUCUUGCUCAAUGUAUCGGAGCAAUAGUGGGUUAUGGGAUAUUAGUUGCUGUGGCUCCAAUUAAUGUACUGCCAAUUGGAGUGUGCUUAACGAUGCCGCACGCGGGUCACACUUUGAUUCAAGCAUUGGGUGUGGAAAUGGUAUUAACGGCAGCUCUCAGUUUUAUUAACUGUGCGUGUUGGGAUCCAGUGAACGCACAAAAACAGGAAUCAGUUGCCAUCAAAUUUGGUCUUGCCAUUGCUGGGCUAUCGAUCGCAGGAGGUCCCCUUACUGGUGCCAGUAUGAACCCCGCCAGGUCUUUAGGGCCCGCACUGUGGACUAGUGGUUGGUAUGCCCAUUGGGUCUAUUGGGUAGGACCUUGCGUUGGGAGCGCACUAGCGGCUUUCAUUUAUAAAUUUAUUUGGCUUAAGAAACAAGACUGAUGUUUAUAUUAUUUUAUUUAAUGAUUUAAGCGUACAAUAGUAAACGUGUAUUUUCGUUUGUCAAGAAUCGUUACGAAUUUAUUGUAUAUUCCUAUAUUAGGUACCUACAUUAAUAGAAUAUUAAUGACUUAACUAAACGUAAUAUAGAAGAGCAUUAAUCAGUGCGGUUGGACCUACAAAGGUUACAAACUAAUACAUUGCGCAUUGUUUUUAUAAAGUUUGAGUAAAGGGUACGUGUAGGCGCUGAUAGUUCGAGUCAUUAAUUAAAAUAUUAUUCCUUGAUAUUAAAGACAUUAAUUAAUUACAAUUUCUAUUGAUAAUAUAAUUAUAACCAAAAUAAUUAUUUAAAAAGGGCCGAUAUUGAGUGCGGCAUAUUUAUUAAAAUUGUAAUUAAGUAAAUAAUUAUCCCCAAAAAAGCAAUAUUACAUUCGAGCACAAUUGUUUGUAUCACUACAAAUAAAUUUUAAAACCUAUUAUUAAGGUUGAAUCUUUUUUAGUUCAGUUAAAUUUUGAAACCAAUAUUCAUAAAUUUUCGAUUUGAAUUGCGGAAAAAUAGUGAAUAUGUCGUUGAAGUAUUCAUAUAUAUAUUUGAGUAAUACUGUACUUACAUAGUUUUUGUACAAAGUUAUAAACUUAUGCUUUCAUUAUUCAAUAAUAUAAUUCUUUACAAAACGUUAAAAAUUCCGAAAUGUUGAAAGUGGGUUACGAUUCUAUCGAAUUGAACUUAUAGUGUAUAAAAAUUUUAAUAAAUGAUAUACGAAAUAA